ACGAACAUUUGUGUGCGUAAAAUAUGUUUAUAUGCUACUAAACACUAGUUUUACUGUCCUUGUUUAGACAACGAAAAUAUCAUACACUCAGAGUUGGUUUUCCAGGAAUCUUUAAACCUGGAUUUCGGUUCUGCAACAAAAGAGAAAUGUCAAAACUAACAAUUUUCUGGUCAAUUGAAAACAGUUUGAUUAAUAAAAUACCGUGCAUAAAGAUGAUGCCAUGCAUAUUACAACAUUCAUUAUAAAUUACUCGGUGUAUUCAUACUACAUUUUUUUUUACAGACCAAUACAAACUAUUGAACGACGCCUUUUGUUAUGAGUAAUUGCAACUGUUAGCGAAAAUUAAAAUGGUAAUACGAAGAUUGAAAAUUAGAAAAUUAUCUCGAUUUUCAAUAGGAUUGAUGUGUGGAAUUUUUCUCCUCCAAGUGGUUCUAUUUAAGGAGUUUACAAUCAUUUCAAACAUGAUAAUUAAUGUUCCUGCAUUAGAAAACGUAGUAUUUGAAAUUCAAUCCAAUGUCAGUUCGAAUAUCAAACCGUUGAAUAUGUUUGAUGAGACAUAUAUCUACAAAAUAAAUCCUGCCGAAUCACUUUGUGGUGAUUAUAAUUGUGAUUCCUUGCAAUUGAUCAUAAUUGUAAAAUCAUAUGUGUUUAACUUUGGUCAACGUGACGUUAUACGUAGGACAUGGGGAGGCACGACCAAACUUCGAUCCAAAAUUGUAUUUAUCGUCGGAUACCUUGACGGCAUGGACACAUUAGUCGAAUAUGAGUCAAAACAUAAUAAGGAUGUUAUUCAGCUAAACAUAGCAGAUCAGUAUGAAAAUGAAGUUUAUAAAAUAAUUUAUUCUCUCUUAUGGUUAAUUCGCGUCAAUAUUAAAGCUGAGUUUGUCCAUUUUGUAAAUGACGACCGCUUUGUUAAUCCAAUGAACAUUUACACUGUUGCAACUAACAACAUUUAUUCAACAGAUUCACUUAUGAUAGGAUACAGAUUGUCGUUUUCAAAAGCAAGGAGGGAUAACAGUUCUAAACGUUACAUUUCGCCUGAAGAUUAUCCUUUUGUUUUUUUCCCACCAUACAUAGUUGGAGGAACUAUCUUAACAAAUAUCAAAACUAUUCAAAUAUUAGCCAUUGCAGUAGCAUUUAUAAAGGUUAUUUCAGUAGAAGAUGCAUAUAUUGGGAUAGUAGCAAAAGCAGCCAAUAUCAAAUUGAAACAUCAUAGUGGGUUUUUACCAUUUAAAAAGUCGCUUUCCGUACUUAGGAACGCAGUUUCCUCCCCUGGUUAUGAAACAACCUACAUUUUACUACGAGACUGGAAUUUGAUUAAAAGUGCAUAAGGGCAAUGAACAAGUUAUCAUGUAAAUGAUAUAGUACAGCUGUGCAUACCUUAGUCCUUAUUUAAAAAGUACACUGCAAUCA